AUGCAUCUAGUUCCGUUCGUUGGCCUUGUCGGCUUUGCCGCUGCCGAGUUCCUUUCCUCCGCCAUUGACUACAACAACUUGACAGUCGCCCUUGUCCGAGCGCCGCCUGUCAACUACCCGUACCCUCCACCGAGCCAGGACUGGAAAGGCCUCAAGCAUGAUCUGAAUGCAAGCGUAGAGCUCGGAAUUCAAUACAUUGAGCAAGCUGCGACAGAGGGCGCAGACGUGGUCGCAUUCCCGGAGCUCUGGUUUCCAGGAUAUCCUACAGGAGUCCUCGAGGGCAACAUCUCGGUGGGAUGGUACGCCGAUCAGUCCCUGAGGGUGAAUAGCACACAAUGGAAUCGCUUGGUCGGAGCUGCUCGACAGAACCAGGUCUGGGUAGCCCUGGGGUUCUCGCUGCGGGAGGGCGACUACAUCUACAUGGCUCAGGCCCUGAUCGACUCAGAGGGUCAGGUCAUCCAGGUUCGAAGGAAGCUGCGCCCUUCGGGCGGCGAGCGUACGAUGUUCAGCGAUGGGACAGUGGAUGAGUUGAAAGUCUUCCAGACCCCAUUUGGCCGACUCGGUCUGCUGGAAUGCUGGGAGCACAUGCACCCGCCAAUGACAUUCGCCGUCCAAGCCCAGAACGAAAACCUGCACAUCGCAGCCUUCCCGUGGACGCCCGACCUCGGCGUGUCAACCACCCUCGAAAGCACCGAGAACAGCAUGGCGGGGGCGCGAUACUACGCCAUCACCGGGCAAACGUGGACCUUCAUGCCCGCGGUCGGCACCGCCGCCGUGUUCUCCCCGAACGGCACGGUCGCCGCGCAGGUCGAGGCCACGGAGGACUACCCGGCGCGGCCUAUCCUGUACCAUUCGGUCAACACGACCGACUUUGCGGGCACGCCGGCGUAUGAUGUCAACGGCGAGUUCUCGUGGUCGCAGAUGCGGCAGAUUGGCGAGGCCUACCCGGAGUACAUUCCUCACGUGGUGGGGAAUUUCACGCCUAGGAGGUUGAACUCGGUGGCGGAGAUGAGGGAGACGGGCCCGAUUCCGCUCAACUACUAG